AUGCCGGGCGGGCUGGCGGGCGGGUUCGCGCGCGGCGCCAUCGCCCGCAUGCCCGCCCCCCGCGCGCCCCCGCUGCCCGACGCCGUGCCGCAGCAGCAGCAGCCCAGCCUGCAGCCGGUUUACGCGCAGCAGCAGAUGCCCGACCUGCAGCAGCAGCAGCAGAAUCAACUGAUGAGCACAGGCACGUUACAACUCCCCGGCGGUCCUGUUACCGCCAACCCUGUGUCUGGAACUAAAGAGUGGCACCAGUCUAUAACAGCAGAUCUCAGAAACCACCUUGUUCAUAAACUGGUGCAAGCUAUAUUUCCGACCCCAGAUCCAACAGCAAUGUUAGACAAAAGAAUGCAUAAUUUGGUUGCAUACGCGAGAAAGGUUGAGGGCGACAUGUAUGAGAUGGCGAGUACAAGGUCUGAGUACUACCAUUUACUCGCUGAAAAGAUAUACAAGAUUCAAAAGGAGCUGGAGGAGAAAAGACAAAAGAGAAAAGAGCAACAGCAACAACAGUUACAACAACAACAACAACAACAGCAGCAACAACAGCAGCAGCAGCAACAACAGCAGCAGCAGCAGCAACAACAGCAGCAGCAGCAACAACAACAACAACAAAUGCAACAAUCGGGCGUCAUGGCUGGUGGUGUUCUAGGCGUGAGAGCACCUGGAGGUGUAGUGGGGCCUGGACCAGGUGUUGGACCCAAUGUCGGACCAGGAGUUGGACCCGGUGUGGGGCUUGCGAGGCCCGGUUUGGGAUCCGCCCCAGGCCUCGGACUUAGAAUUCCAUCGCCCGGAAUGGCACCUCUGCCCAUGCCGGCUAGCCGAAUGGCCUUCCAGACGAACCUCGUCGGACCACCCGGACCAAGUCCCAAUCAGAUGCCUCAAACGCCGAACGGUGGUUCCGUCGGCGUAGGCAGCGUCGGCAACCCGGGCAUGUCGCCGUUUGGGCAGCCGAUGACCUCGCCGGCGCCGCAGUACCCGCCCAUGCAAACGAACGGCCCGGCGCCGCUCGCCUCGCCCAACCACCAGCAGGAGGCCAAAGUGCGCCUCUCGGGGGGGCCCGUCGCGAGCCCCUUCAUGAACCACUCGUCGUUCCGAGGCGACCCCUCGACGGCGUCGCCGAACCCCGUGCACUCGGCGGGCCCCGCGCCGCCCGGCACCCCCGCCACGCCCCACGCGCACCCGAGCCCGGCGCCCGAGCCGCGGCCCGCCUCGCGGCCCGCCUCCGUCUCCGCCCAGAAGGCGGCGCUCAACGCCGCCGCCUCGGCCGACGACAGCCCCGAGGACAUCCGCAUCAAGCAGGAGCCCGACGACGUGCGGAUCAAGGACGAGCCGGACGAUGACUGCGGCGGCAAGGGCAUGAGGGACGAGACGCCCGCCGACAAGGAGCCCCUGGAGAGGCCCGAGAGGCACACGGACUUCGUCGUCAAGCAGGAGAUCAAGCAGGAGUUCAAGCAGGAGAUUAAGGAGGAGCCCGGCGAGGGGCCGGCGAGCGUGUCCAGCACGGACACGGACAGGGGCCCCAAGAGGACGUUCGUGUUCAAAACGGAGGAUUUGCGGCAAGCGUUGAUGCCCACGCUGGAAAAGCUUUUCUGCCUCGACCCGGAGUCGCUGCCGUUUCGGCAGCCGGUGGACGCACAGGCCCUGGGCAUCCCGGACUAUUUCGACAUUGUGACGAAGCCAAUUGACCUGUCUACCAUCAAGAUGAAAUUAGACAGGGGUGAAUACAAAGACCCAUGGGAGUAUGUGGAUGAUGUGUGGCUAAUGUUUGAAAAUGCAUGGCUAUACAACAGAAAAAAUUCCAGAGUGUAUAGGUAUUGUACUAAGUUAUCGGAGGUGUUUGAGCAAGAGAUUGAUCCUGUGAUGCAGAGUCUGGGAUAUUGUUGUGGGCGAAAGUACACUUUCAACCCUCAAGUGCUUUGCUGUUAUGGGAAGCAAUUGUGCACGAUACCUCGCGACGCAAAAUAUUUCAGUUAUCAGAACAGUCUAAAAGCAUAUGGGGUUGUGUCCGAUAGAUACACCUUCUGCCAGAAAUGCUUCAAUGACAUCCAAGGAGACACCGUCACGCUGGGAGACGAUCCACUACAACCGCAGACGAACAUCAAGAAGGAUCAGUUCAAGGAGAUGAAGAACGACCAUUUAGAACAGGAGCCGUUCGUCAUUUGCAUGGACUGCGGCAGGAAGCAGCACCAGAUAUGUGUUCUCCACCACGACCAGAUUUGGCCUCAAGGCUUCUGCUGUGAUAAUUGUUUGAAGAAGAAAGGGGCCAAGCGGAAAGAGAACAAGUUCUGUGCAAAGAAGCUGCCAACAUCGAAACUCGGCAUUUACAUUGAGACGAGAGUGAACAAUUUCCUAAAGAAGAAGGAGGCGGGCGCUGGCGAAGUUCAUAUCAGGGUGGUCGCGUCGUCUGAUAAAAUUGUAGAAGUGAAGCCUGGAAUGAGGUCUAGAUUCGUAGAAUCACGAGAGUUGUGCGGUGAAUUCCCGUAUCGGGCGAAAGCGUUGUUUGCAUUUGAAGAGAUUGAUGGGACUGAUAUAUGUUUCUUUGGGAUGCAUGUGCAGGAAUACGGGAGCGAAAGUCCAACGCCAAACACGAGGCGCGUUUACAUAGCAUAUCUAGAUUCUGUACAUUUUUUCCAACCGCGGCAGUAUAGGACUGCCGUGUAUCACGAGAUUUUAUUAGGUUAUUUGGAUUACGCUAAGCAAUUGGGUUACACUAUGGCCCACAUCUGGGCCUGCCCGCCGUCGGAAGGUGACGAUUACAUUUUUCACUGCCAUCCGCCCGAACAAAAAAUACCCAAGCCUAAAAGGUUGCAAGAGUGGUACAAAAAGAUGCUUGACAAGGGCAUCAUAGAGAGGAUAAUAUUAGAUUACAAAGAUAUUCUUAAGCAAGCAAUGGAGGACAAUAUCUCUUCAGCGGCGGAGCUCCCCUACUUUGAGGGCGAUUUCUGGCCGAACGUUUUAGAGGAAUCUAUCAAAGAGCUGGACCAAGAAGAAGAGGAGAAGAGGAAACAGGCUGAAGCCGCCGAAGCAGUGUCUUCCGAAGAAAAUGAACAAGGCCCUGAUGGAAAGAAGAAGGGGCAGAAAAAGGCGAAGAAGUCGAACAAAUCGAAGGCCGCUCAGAGGAAGAACAGUAAGAAGCAGAGCGAUCAGCAGCAGGGCAGCGAUCUCAGUGCAAAAAUAUUUGCUACCAUGGAGAAACACAAGGAGGUGUUCUUCGUUAUAAGGCUACAUUCCGCGCAGUCAGCGGCGAGCUUGGCGCCAAUUCAAGACCCGGAUCCGUUAGUGAACUGCGACCUGAUGGACGGCCGCGACGCGUUCCUAACGAUGGCGCGGGACAGGCACUACGAGUUCUCGUCGACGAGGCGGGCGAUGUUCUCCACGCUGUGCAUGCUGUACGAGCUCCACAACCAGGGGCAGGACAAGUUCGUGUACACGUGCAACAGUUGCAAGUCGCACGUGGAGACGAGGUACCACUGCACCGUGUGCGACGACUUCGACCUCUGCGUGCCCUGCCACGAGAAGGAGGGCCACCCGCACAAGAUGGAGAAGCUCGGCCUGGACAUCGACGUGGGCUCGUCGCCGGGCGACAUGAAGCAGGCCAACCCUCAGGAGGCGCGCAAGCUGUCGAUACAGCGGUGCAUCCAGUCGCUGGUGCACGCGUGCCAGUGCCGCGACGCCAACUGCAGGCUGCCGUCGUGCCAGAAGAUGAAGAGGGUGGUGACGCACACGAAGAUAUGCAAGCGCAAGACGAAGGGCGACUGCCCGAUCUGCAAGCAGCUGAUCGCGCUGUGCUGCUACCACGCGAAGCACUGCCAGGAGAUGAAGUGCUCGGUGCCGUUCUGCAGCAGCAUCAAGCAGAAGCUGAAGCAGCAGCAGGUGCAGCAGCGGGUGCAGCAGGCGCAGCUGCUGCGCAGGCGCAUGGCGGCGAUGAACACGCGCGGCGGGUGCGCGCCCGCCUCGCCGCCGCACGCCGCCGCGCCGCUCGCCUCGCCGCCGCACGCCAGCGCGCCCGCCAAGCCCGCCGCGCACGCGCUGCCGCACAACGUGCAGAAGGCGCUCCAGCAGGUGCAGGAGGAGGCGGCGCGGCAGCAGGCGCCCUCGUACGGCAAGCAGGCGGCGAUGGGCCCGCCGGGGUGCGCGGGAGGGGCGCGCGGCGAGUGGGCGCCCCGCUACAGGGCGCCGCCGCCGCCCCUCCACCACGCGCCCCACCACGCGCGCCUGCCGCACCACGCGCCGCAGCCGCAGCCCCACGCCGCGCAACAGCUGCAGCAGAGGGCACCUGUUCCUCAGCAACAACAAACACAACCUCAAGUGCAUCAGAAGGCAUUGCAACAGCUGAUGGCGACUCUCAGGUCACCGACCAGCCACAACCAGCAACAGGAGAUAUUACAUAUACUCAAGUCCAAUCCACCUUUAAUGGCAGCAUUUAUCAAACAAAGACAAAACGCCCAAAGUCAGCAACAGGUCGCCAGUGGUGUUGGUGGCGUUGGCCCUGUCGGGAACGUGAGCGGAGUAGGUGGCGUGGGGAGCGUGGGCGUAGGCGGCGUGGGCAACGUGGGCGUGGGCGGCGUGGGACUCGUGGGUGGCGUACAGCAACAGCCACAACUCCAGCAUAUGAUGCAGCCUCAGCAACAGAGGCUACAGAUGCAUCAGAUGUUGCCACAACAGAGUCAGGUGGGUGGCGCCGUAGGCGGCGUUUCGGGCGUGAACAUGGGCGGCGUGGCGGGCCCCGGGGUGGGCGGCGUCGGAGGCGUGGGCAACGUGGGCGUGGGCAUGGCGAGCGGCGGCUGGCUGAGGCAGGGGGCCGGCGUGGCGGGGGGCAUGCUGGGCAUGCGGGCGCCGUACGCGGGCGGGGGCGCGCCGCGGCUGAGCGCGCGCUACUUCCCCGGUGGCGUGGGCGGCGUGGGCAACGUGGGCGUGGGCGGCGUGCUGCAGCGGUCGCCGCCCGCCACGCCGUCGCCGCGGCCGCCCACGCCCUCGGAGCUGCUGCUGCUGCGGCAGUCGCCCGCGCCGCCCGCGCCCCACCACGCGCCCGACGACCAGCCGCCGCCCAUGACGCCGCAGGACCAGCUCACCAAGUUCGUGGAGCAGUUG